CAGAAGAAGAAGAGUGCCUGUGCCCCGCCCUUUGACUAACCUCGUCAGGAUGUUUUAUUAUUUUUUUAAUUUUUUGUUGUUACUGGUUUGUUUAUGACGCGGCUCAACGGCUCCGUUAGCCUGACAGUUGACAAAGUGUGUGCCGUUGUAAGCGCGCGCUCCCUGGUGUCCGCUCUCGUGGGAGCCGUUGGAGAGGAUAGAACGCGUCGGUUAGCAUUAGGCGUUGGUCAGUCGCACGGGCAGAGUACGUUGGUUAGCCUAGCAUUCUGGCUAGCGUACUGUAACGUUAUGACGUGACGUUGAGCAGGAAAGUGGUUGUUUUGACGACGCCUUUUUUUUACAUUUAUAACGUGUAUCUCAAGAAAGCGACACACACGGAAAGAAAGAGGGAGAGACGACCGCAUGUGUGUAACGUUUCCGUCCGCAGGUUAGGCUUUCAGACAGCUGCCUGGCGACUAACUUUGACGAGCUAGCGAGCUAAAUUCAUGUUAGCAUGGCGUCAGAUACAAGUGACACCGAGGAAUUCUAUGAUGCUCCCGAGGACGUGAAUUUUACUCCAUCUCCUAAAGUGUCACCUGCAAAGUUUGUCCUUCCUUCGCCUCAGCUUUCACAGAGAUCAGUAAAUGCUGCACAAGAUGUGAGCUGCGGAGUGGCCGCAGCUGAGAGCCAGCAAGAUGAUUCCCUACUGAUCAUUGAUAGCAUCAUUGAGGAGAGUCAAAAGGGAAAUGUUGGUGAGGUAGGGCAGCUGUUAGAUCAGCUACAUGUUGAUGUAAGAGAAGAACCGGAGCCACAGGAAGAUAAUAAUGCUCAGGAAGUUCCCAUGGACGUACCGACGCCUGCUCUCAAGCCUCAACUUGUCGAGAGGCCGGAGGAACAACAGGAAAGUGCAGCAAUGAACGGAGCAUGCUCUAUACCUGCCGCUGAACCCACAGAUUGCCCAGGGCCAUCAGUUGGACCACAAGAAGGUGUUCAGCCCCCAGACAUCACCAGCACUGUAGGACAGAGUCAGCCUGAUGGGGCUGUUGCAGUUGCAGAAGGGGAGCAGGAGCAGAGACCUGCAGAUAUAUUAGACCAGAUCCCAUUCACAGACAGGCAGACUGACUCGGACUCCUCUGGGCCUUUGAAACCUCCACGGCAAUUCACAGUGGAACCAGACAUUGUAGCCAGCACCAAGAAGCCUCCUCCCUCACGCCCACCCCCUCCCAGUGGAGGUCCUCCACCAAGACCGCCUCCACCAUCUUGGCAGACUCUACCUUCCAAGAAGUCUCAGGAGUGUCUGAGGCUGAGUGGACUGGAAGUAUCUGCGGUCUGUCCAGUCAGCGGUGAUGCUCUGGAGCCCUCCGGCCUGGUGUCUCCCAGCAGCACAGUGAGGAGUCUAACCAAAGAGCUGCAGCAUUCCUUGGAUCUUGCCAGCGCUACCAGUGGGGACAAGGUGGUGACGGCACAGGAAAAUGAAGAUGAACAGGCCUCAUCUGAGAGUGGCAGCCAAACUCCAGGCCCUCAGCGUCCACGUUCCAACUCUGGUAGAGAACUGACAGAUGAGGAAAUCCUAGCCAGUGUAAUGAUCAAGAAUCUGGACACUGGGGAAGAGAUCCCUCUUAUCCAGGCAGAGGAGAAACUUCCUGCAGGGAUUAACCCUCUCACUCUGCACAUCAUGAGGAGGACCAAGGAGUAUAUUACGAACGAUGCAGCGCAGUCAGAUGAUGAUGACAAGUCUCAGACUCCACUGGCAGACACAGAUGGAGGAAAACUGAAGCAGAAAACAACUCAGUUUAAAAAAUUCCUGGGCAAGUCUGUGAAGAAAGCCAAGCAUCUCGCUGAGGAGUAUGGAGAGAAGGCAGUUAACAAAGUGAAGAGUGUGCGUGAUGAAGUUUUCCAUACAGAUCAGGAUGAUCCAUCAUCAAGUGACGAUGAAGGCAUGCCCUACACCAGGCCUGCCAAGUUCAAGGCAGCACACAGCUUCAAGGGUCCCUUUGACUUUGAUCAGAUUAAGGUUGUGCAAGACCUGAGCGGAGAGCACAUGGGGGCUGUUUGGACGAUGAAGUUCUCUCACUGUGGCAGGCUGCUGGCAACUGCAGGCCAAGAUAAUGUGGUUCGCAUCUGGGUCUUAAAGACUGCCUUUGACUACUUCAAUAACAUGAGAUUAAAAUACAACACUGAAGGUCGAGUUUCACCUUCUCCUUCUCAGGAAAGUUUAUGCUCCUCUAAAUCUGACGAUCCUGGGGCAAGUUGUGUACCAGAGGACCCAGAGACAGAAGAUAGGAAUGCCCCUUUCCGUCAAGUCCCCUUCUGCAAGUAUAAAGGUCAUACAGCUGAUCUGUUGGACUUGUCCUGGUCAAAGAACUUUUUCCUACUCUCCUCUUCCAUGGACAAAACAGUCAGAUUGUGGCACAUAUCCAGGAGAGAGUGCCUCUGCUGCUUUCAGCACAUUGAUUUCGUCACAGCCAUUGCUUUCCAUCCCAGAGAUGACAGAUACUUUUUAAGUGGCUCUCUGGAUGGAAAGCUACGGCUCUGGAACAUUCCAGACAAGAAAGUGGCGCUGUGGAAUGAGGUGGAUGGCCAAACGCGCCUUAUCACUGCAGCUAACUUCUGCCAAAAUGGGAAGUAUGCCGUCAUCGGCACCUACGAUGGCCGAUGCAUCUUCUAUGACACAGAGCGUCUGAAAUACCACACCCAAAUUCAUGUGAGGUCCACCAGAGGCAGGAACAAAGUUGGACGCAAAAUCACCGGCAUUGAGCCUCUUCCUGGAGAGAAUAAGAUUUUGGUGACCUCGAAUGAUUCCCGCAUUCGCCUUUAUGAUCUGAGGGACUUGUCUUUAUCCAUGAAAUACAAAGGUUAUGUCAACAGCAGCAGCCAGAUCAAGGCGAGCUUCAGUCAUGACUACUCCUUCAUAGUCAGUGGCUCAGAGGAUAAGUAUGUGUACAUCUGGAGCACUUACCACGACUUGAGCAAAUUCACAUCCGUACGAAGGGACCGCAAUGACUUCUGGGAAGGAAUUAAAGCACACAAUGCAGUGGUCACCUCAGCAAUUUUUGCACCCCAUCCCGGCCUUAUUGUUCCACAAGAAAUUGGAGCAGAGAAACCAGAAGCAGAGUGUAAGAGCCUGGACUCGACAGACUCUGAAACGAUACCCUCAGGAGCCCUUAAGACAGAUCACACAGAGGUUCUACUUUCUGCUGACUUCACUGGAGCCAUCAAGGUUUUCAUCAAUGUAAAAAAGUACUGAGCACUUCAGAGGUUGUCAGCGCCUCACAUUCAGGCCUGCCUGUCGGAGAUCAGUCCUAAAGACGAAGGACAGCCCGUCAGGGGCCAGCUUACAUCGCCCAACUACCUAAUGACUAAUGCUCUGAGACGAAGAGCCGUCUGUAGCUUUCUCGGGAGAACAGGCACCCUAAAAUGGAAGAUGAGGGAAUGGGUGGAAGAACUGUACAAAACAGACAAGGUGUGAUUCCCUGUCACAUUUCUAUUUUUUAUCUUUAAUACCAAGCAACUGUGAACGGUUUGGCAUUAAGAAAAAAGAGCCGGAAAUGCCAAGUGUGUUCGGUUUGAGCAGAAACUAAGUCUGUUCAGAUACAUGUGUAAAUUUACAGCUGUAUGGUCAUGGCUGAGUAUAGCUAGGAGGCUAUUUGUAACUGUAUGGGCACCUUACUAGUUUCUUUCGCUCCCACAUUUCAGAAAUUAAGUUAACUGCUAAAAAGUGCAAGACACUGUCCUAAUGUCAGUCACAAAUUUUAAUGUGUCAUGUGUUAAGAGAUGUAACCAUUUGUCUUGAAAGCAAGGUGGUUUGAAAUGUUAUUUACAAAUUAUUUAUGUUUACCAAAUCUAGAUCGCUUUUCUAAAUUCAACUUCUGAAGCUUUCCUCUAAAGUAUAUCAAACAUGUCAGUGGAUGACAGCAAAUCCACGGUGCAGGAAAUCUGUAUACAGUUACUAAUGAUUAGGGCUGGGUAUCAUAAAUUUUUUCAGAAACAAUAAUGGCUUUUAAGUACUUUUGAUAAAUUGUUUUGUUCAAUGAAAGCACAUUUCAUUAUAUGAAAUAGUACUGUAAAUUUAGUGUGUAACAUUGCAUACUUACUGCUUUUGUAAACAGAACCAAACGAUGCUCUAUUAAUUUCCUCAAUAAAAAUUCCCACAAACUUGAA